AUGCAUUCAACUACUACCAUUGCAUUGAUUAUCUUUGUGUACUUUCUCGGAACAAUUCAUAGUAUUGAUUUUCAAUUGAAUCGACAACUUGGAUCUAUGGUAUUCUUUUUAUCUGGUCAAAGUCCACAUGAUCUUAUCAAUUAUGGUUGUUGGUGUAGUAAUAAAGAUAAACCAAUUCAUGCUCCAUUAGAUGAAAUCGAUCAGUGUUGUCACACAUAUCAAACUUGCAAUAUUGCUGAGAAAACUGAUACUAUUCCUUAUCCGUAUAAAGCUUCAUAUGAAGAUGGAACAAUCGAAUGUUUAAAUAAUAAGAAUACGAAAGCUCAUCGUCAAUGUCAAUGUGAUCUUGAACUUGCUCAAUGUCUCUAUAAACACAAAAGCAUAUAUACAACUAAUUUAUUAUAUACAUCGGAUGAUAAAUGUAAUCCAGGCAUUGUACUCAAUUUUGAUGAUUUAUCGACAAAUACUACUUCGAAGGAUAUUCCAGAAAAUUAUCAUAAUUUCACAUUUAUUGGUGGACUUUAUACAGCUGGUAAAGAUUCAACUAAUCCAACACGUCCUAGUGGUUAUGCUACAGCUAUGCUUAGUCCACCUAAUGUGUUAUUCAGUCAAAAUCAAGUGACAAUUAAACGUACCGAUGGACAACUAUUUUCUAUUGUUUCAUUUUCAGCAGCAUCUGCUUUCGUUCGAAAUUUAACAUUGACUGUGACCGGUUCUCGACAGUAUUCACCAAUAGUUUUCAAUGAGACUAUUUCACUUCAAAUUGAGACUCGUCAAAUUGUUGAACUGAAUUGGUCAGGUAUCGAUACGUUAACAUUGACUGGUACAGGUGGUGCAAAAUAUCCACUUUAUACAGGAACAUGUGGUAAUUGUCAUUUUGCUAUUGAUGAUCUUCGAUUUCGUCUAUGA